AUGUCCUCUUCGGAAACCCUCGACUUUGUCGCCUCGGUUACCGUGGGCAGGCUCUCGAGAGCCGUCCUCAGUCGCGUCGAGACGUGCUCAUUCAACACGGUCAAACUCAACAGCCACCCCGAGUCUCUGAGGCAGUUUGACGACGUCUUUUCAGACGAGACAGUUCGAGGUUCGGUCAAGACUAUUCGCUAUGAUGUCGUCCUCCCGGUUGUCAGCGAUAAGCGUCUGCGGAACAAGUUCCAGAGCAGUAGAGAGGCUGCGGAGAAUUCUCGCGUCUUUACAGAGGCCAUUGUUGCACUAUUCACGCGAUUGAGCUGUUGGGAAGGACGAGAUGUCAAGUUGACUUUGACGGCUACUUCGCCUUCUGAUGACCCGAUAUUGCGUACAGGAAACCUCAGAGUGAAGCAGCAGAGGAACCUGUUCAAGUACAUUAGCAUCGAGACGAGCGCCCUUCCACCUGUCUCAUGCAUAUCAUUCUUUGAUCUACAAGACUUUGAGUGCAACACAAGGCAUAGCAGCGGCCGGAGACUUCAUCCCGAUGCCAUCUGUGUCAUGGCGAAAGCCCUUCCAUGCCUCGAGCACACCAUCUGGGACUUGUACAUGCCGCCGCGUCGCAUGCCCACUCUACGAAAAGAGUUCAAAGUCGCGCUCGCCGGAGCACUGCUGCAGCCUCUGUACAAUUAUCUGACCACACUGACCAUCCUUCUCUGUGAUCCUGACCCACGGAAUGAAGAGGCGAUGCUCGUCCCAGAUGAUGAAGAGGACCGUCUCAGUCUUGGGAUGCAGAGGAUCUGCGAGCUUCCGACACUCGUUUCUCUUUUCCUUUGGGGGAAUUGGUGUAUAUCACAUCACGCCUUUAGACGUUUUGGUCCCUCGGUGAGGUCUGUGUUUGUCGACAUGUCCAUGACGACGCCGGAUGGAGGGUGGCUGCUCGACGUCUACUCUGGAUCCGAGGAAGAAGAGGAACACGACGUAGAGUCAGAAUUCAGUUCUGAUUCAGAUGAUCAAGGGGAUACUCUGCCGGAUAUUGACUCGGAAGACUCGGAUAUCGAGGACUGUCUUCUAAGGAGAGCAGAAGCCACGGCAAAUCAGGACCGACCGUCCAAGCAGAUACGGGAAGUACCAAACCCCGAGGCCUUUACUCCUCUGGUAACUUCAUUCGCACAAGCCGUAGCCAACUCGAACUCCUCAUCUUGCCUUGGAUUCGCAGAGAUGAGAUUCUCGGCCGCGUUGGCGUCGAUGCGGCUUAGUUACCGUGGCGGCGCUGGAGGAGAGGACACAAGACUUGGUGUUCUUCCCGACUUUGCGCAGAGGAUCAUCAAGGCAGAUAAAUUCAAGAUGAGGAGAUGGCAAGUCAAUGCUUAUGGCGGAAUUAAGGCGUCUGGGUGGAAGAUUCCUGCUGCCAUGUGGAAUGCCAUGGAGGAGGUUGUGGGGGCGGAGAACAUUGAUACAAAUAUUGACGUUGACAGGAUUGAGGGAGAGUAG